GAUCAAGAGCGGGAGAAAAUAUACUAACACAUUCACAAAAUAGUUUGUUUUUAUUAUGCUCCGGCCGAAGCCUGCAAAAUGUCUGCUCUGUUCAUUCAGAGCAGCUCAGAACCCGCCGAUCCAAAAAUGGCCCAGCAGAUCCAUGUCUAUGAGAUCUAGACUACCCAGUCGACCAAAUCGCAUGAGUCUGGCGGGCGCAGGAAAAGUUAGCUCGUCGCCAACAAAAGAGGGACCUACAAGAAGAAAGCAAGAUGGACCUUUUGGGGGAAUGAAUCUGCGAGAGGCGAAAAUUCGUGGAGUUCCAGAACGACCAUCAGCGGCACAAGAACGUCGAUCAUCGAGGCUCGAUCGCGGAGAUAAAGAUGACAAGAAGGGCAGAGGGUUUCAUGCAUUGAAGAUGCAAAGGGCUCUUUCGCCAGUUUCAUACACCAGGAGGUCGGAUAUAAAAGAUAGAAUAAAGGAAGUAGAUAGCUUCGAACAAUUUGCCCUGUUAGACAGUGUGAAGGAAGCAAUCUACAAACAGGCUCUUCCAGAAAUUGAAAGCCAUGUUCCGACACCGGUACAAAGGAUUGCCGUACCAGCCUUGCUUGGGAAUCAACAGAAGAAGGGAAAGCAGAGUGAGAGUGAGCAGUAUUUGAUUGCUGCUGAGACUGGGUCAGGGAAAACAUUAUCAUAUUUAAUACCAACGAUAAAUGCAGUCAAAAUUGCAGAGGCAAAGGAUGCGGAGAUUGAGGCCUAUGAGAAAGAGUUACAAGAAGAGAAACUACGACAAAAUAACUUAACACUGGUCUCACCUCCUUUAUCCAAUAUGCCACAUCCUACAACAGGCAGACCAAGAGCAAUCAUACUUGUGCCCACGUCUGAAUUGGUAACCCAGGUGGGGACACUUGUAAAGGCGUUUGGGCAUACUGUUAAAUUUAAAUCGGCCAUGAUAUCUUCUAAUUUCUCUGGGAAGGUCAUUCGUAACCGUCUUUUCUCUCCAUCUGGAAUUGAUGUACUUGUAUCUACACCUCAUCUCCUCUCGUCUAUUGCCGACUCCGACCCAAACAUUUUAUCUCGCGUCACUCAUCUUGUGAUUGAUGAAGCCGACUCUCUCUUGGAUCGAGGCUUCUCCCCCCUAACAUCAGCAAUCAUCGAUCGCGCCACUCCAUCGCUCGAACAACUCGUUCUCUGCUCUGCAACAAUUCCUCGUUCUCUCGACUCAUUCCUUCGAAAGCGAUUCCCCUCCAUUAAUCGUCUAGUUACACCAAACCUUCACGCUAUUCCUCGACGUGUCCAACUCGGCGUCGUCGAUGUUGAACGUGAUCCAUAUCGUAACAAUAAAAAUCUCGCUUGCGCAGACACUAUCUGGACCAUUGGCAAAGCGGCUGCUGAACACGAUGGGCCCGUCAAAGGAGUAAUGGAUGUCAAGCGCAUCUUAGUAUUCGUUAAUGAGCGCGAGAAAACCCAAGAAGUGGCUGAUUAUCUCAAAUCCAAGGGUAUAGAUGCCAUCGCUCUAUCUCGUGAUACUCCGGAGGAACGUCAGAGUGAGAUGUUGGCGUCUUUCACUUCAUCCGCCAGACUCAGCAUGCCUAAACCAGAAUCUCAUCCUGGAUCUUUAUCAGACAAUCAACCAAAUUAUGUACCAUUUGGAAAGGUCGCUCCUCCAGUUAAGAGACAAUUACCUAACACCAAAGUCUUGGUUACUACGGAUUUGGGCUCGAGAGGUAUCGAUACUGUGGCUGUAAGACAUGUUAUUCUAUAUGAUGUGCCACACUCCACGAUUGAUUUUAUCCAUAGACUGGGUAGAACUGGACGUAUGGGGAAGAGAGGAAGAGGCAUAGUUUUGGUUGGAAAGGGAGAUAGAAGGGAUGUGGUUAAGGAAGUCAGAGAUGGCAUGUUUGAGGGCAAGGCAUUGAUUUAAAAGGAUGUAAUUGUAUAGAUAUGAAUAUAUGCAUAAUGCGUACAGUAUAUGAAGGGGUUUGGAACUGGGUACAUGGAUGUUUGAGAAUCUCCACCUGCAAAAUAUAUGAUCAUGACGUGGGAAAAUCAAUCAAGAGAUAUGUACAUACGGACUUUCACUGUAAGCAUAGAAGACAAAAAAAAAGGAUAUCGGAACACUAGUACGAAUUCUCAACAUACCAAGACUACCUCUUAUAGUAUGGUAUGGUCAUUUGCUCUGUAGUCUUCGCCACUGACUUCUACAUAUCAUCUGACUAUUCCUGUUCGUUCCUGCUUGUAUGUCCCUUUGAUUCUAUGAUACUAGCCUUUACUCCCUCAAUUCACCAGUUAUCCCCAGUACCAUGGAUGUUACCUCAUCGGGAGACCAAAUCCCAAUUAUAGAACAGGGGUAAGAUGUGAUCGGCUAUCAACCGCAUCAAAUCUCAAGUUUGACAUCAGUGAUAGGAGUGGACUUUGAGUGGAGAGGAUUGUAUCUGGGACGAACUCCAAAUAGAACCCUCAUCUCCAAGUAGGGCAAUCGAAUUCUGCCCAAGAACCCGGGCCACAACAUCGAGAAAGACUCUGGCAAGUCGGUGCGAUGUUGUGAAAUUCAUUGAGGCAGCGCUAUUUAUGGCUUGCGGAGAGACUUUGAGUUUCGUCCUGGAGGAGACAUUGGCGUGUUAAGGGGCCAGCUUAACCAAUAUAUGAAGCUUCGAAAAACGCACUGCAAACAUGUCACUCCUCGGGAAUGGUUUGAAGGCUAUACACCAUUUUCAUCCCUUCACGUCUAUCCAUCCUGUGGCCUUUCAAUCCAGAUCGCGAAUUUUUAUUGUUCGACGAGAUAUCGCAGCGAAGAAACAUGAAUGUGGUAGCAAUGAGAGAAAAUGGCGAGAAAGGAACUAACAUACAGAACGUCGAGUGGGUUUCGGACGGAUAAGCUGGACUAGACAUUGAGAGGGUGCUUAUGAAUAAAGAUGAGGUAAUUUUUGCAAUGAUUACAAAACGCCCAGUGGGCUGGUGGGCAUUAAAAGUCGAAGUCUUUUUGGAGAAUCGGCGGGAAACACAAGGCAGCUCAACAACACUAUGUGUUUUCCAGAAAAAAUGUGCGUAUCCGCGCGGGUCUGCGCAGCAUUCCAGUUUUGUGUUUGGAAUGACCUUUUUGUCCCGAAGUCUUUCAAUUGUUGGACGGUGGAAUGAUCCUUAUGAUUACA